AUGAGAAAGAAAACGGCAAAGAAAUGUGUAACUUUCAUAAUCUGGUCAGCUUACCUUCUGGCUGACUGGGCUGCUAGUUUUGCUGUUGGAUUAAUCUUUGACACUGAAGAGAAAUAUGCUUCUGCUCAAGACAAAGGGGAUGAUGCCAAAGGGGCUGAAGCUGAUACUGGUCUUCUUCUGGUGUUGUGGGUACCUUUCCUUUUAUUAAUGGUAGGUGGGCAAGACAGAAUAACGUCUUUCGCUGUGCAGGAUAAUGAGUUGUGGCAUAGGCACUUGAUUUGGCUCAUUCUCCAACUCUGCACCACUGGUUUUGUGUUUAUUCAAUCAGUUCAUCAAAACAGACUAUGGAUCCCAACACUUCUCUUGCUGCUUGCUGGAACCAUCAAGUAUGCUGAGAGGAUCGUUGCGUUGUAUCUUGCAAGUUCGGACAGCUUUGGAACAUCCGUACUUAAAGAUCCGAAUCCAGGGCCCAACUAUGAGAAACUAAUGAGAGAAUACGAGCACUAUAAAGAUAGCGGUGUUCCUGUACAAUUUGUAAUUUUUGAAGACAGAGAAUCCCGGGUCAUCAAAUAUGAUAGAUUCAAGUUGAGUGACAGUGAACUGGUGCAGUAUGCACAUCGCUUUGCAAAUAUAUACAAGGGAUUGAUUGUCAAUCUCAUGUUCAGCUCCCGUGAGCAUAAGGAGAGUCGAGAAUUCUUCUCUAAAAGAACAGCAGAGGAUGCAUUGAGAAUAUUAGAGACCGAGCUCAACAUAUUUUAUGAUCUUCUCCAUACCAAGGUGGUGGUGGCGAAUUCCAAAUUAGGAAAAAUGGUUCGGUAUAUGUAG